CCAAUAAACCCAUGUGGUGUGAUCUCAUGCGAUACUUUAUGCAUCUCCAGGAUAAAUAGCAAGCCAUGCGAACGCCCAGUUUCGUCCCCGCCGCAUUGAGAUCCUCCGACCUGCUGCAAAAGAUGGCCAACGUCAUCCUCUCCAUCAACGCUGGGAGCUCCUCGUUGAAGACGACACUGUUCGUGGAGGAAGCGACUGAGGGCAAGGCCAAAGGGCUUCGGCGCCUGGGCAGCGCGGAAAUAUCUUCGAUCAAUGCCCCUCCUGCGCGCCUAAAAUACCUUCGGGGCUCCUACAAAGACUCACGCGAAGUCGGCGACAUCAAUGACCACAACCACGCCUUUGAGCAUAUCUUGAACGCCUUCCUUGCCGACGCCGAAAUCCCGGAGGUCUCCAGCAAGGAUGACAUCGACUACACGGCCCAUCGAGUGGUCCAGGGAGGGGACUUCGAGGAAAACCAGUUCAUUACCAAGAAGACCUUGAACAAGAUCAACAAGCUGUCAGAUCUCGCACCUUUACACAAUGCCUCCGCUGUCGGCCUCAUGCUGGCCUGCCAUGAACAUUUGCCCAACGUCAUCAAUGUCGCAUGCUUCGACUCCUGUUUCCACCAAACAAUGCCUGACUAUGUCAAGAGUUAUGCCAUCGACCAGAAAAUUGCAAAAGAAAAGGGUCUGCGCAAAUAUGGGUUUCAUGGUCUGAGCUACCAAUACAUCGCGAGAACCACAGCCGCAUUCCUGGGCAAGCCGGAAUCCGAGACGAAUAUCAUUGCUCUCCACCUUGGGAGCGGUGCAUCCAUGUGCGCAAUACAAAACGGACGGUCGAUAGACACAACAAUGGGCUUGACCCCAGUCUCAGGUCUACCGGGCGGUUCGCGAAGCGGAGAUAUUGACCCCAGUCUCGUCUUUCAUUACACUUCCGAUGCCAGUGCCCUGAGCCCGAACAGCACGAAGGACCUCCAUAUCUCCACUGCGGAAGAGAUCCUUAACAAACAGUCCGGUUGGAAGGCAUUGACUGGCACAUCAGACUUUUCAAAAAUCGCAGACCCCGACGCCCCGGACACCCACAAGCUCGCGUUCAACAUCUUUAUUGACCGAGUCGUCGGCUUUGUGGGCAACUACUUUGUCAAGUUGGGAGGCAAAGUCGAUGCCCUGGUCUUUGCCGGUGGCAUUGGCGAAAAGAGCCCCUAUGUGCGACAAGUGGUAAUCGACAAGGUGUCGUGCCUCGGCUUCACGAUUGAUGACGAGAAGAACAAGAAAGGCCCGGAUGGAAAUGACGUGGUGAAUAUCGGUAGUAACAGCGAAACGAUGCGUACGUUGGUCUGCGAAACGGACGAAGACCAUGAAAUGGCGCAUUCCGUCCUGGCAAUGCUCUACAAGAAAUAGAUCAACACGGACUUAGACGACCGGAUGACGACCUACGCACGACAAUAGACUUUAAUUAUUUGAUAUACAUAUUAGACUCGACUAUUGCAACGCCCCAGCUUGUUUUUUCCACGCCAUCUCCUCCUUCGGGUCUCUCAUGCCGGUCUUUUGUCAUUAGUCACUUCGCUUGCCUCUUCUACAUAUCAAUCUCGAGAGACGCCAGUGGCUGGUUGGUCCCGGACUCCGAGUCUCGAAUCCCUUUCAGGUCCGGGACAUGCGGGUGCCAUGUGCACAAGCCCAAUUUGUCAUUAGAUUCAAGCGCCGUCUGGUGCCGCUGGGUACUACCCUUCUAAGGGAUGUUGGGUGAGUAAGCAGGGUUGAUAAUGUGCCCAGCCUUUACCAAAACCUCUUGUAGUUGAUGGACGCCUUGCCAAACGGAGGCAGCUCGACCUCGACGCACAAUGGUUGGAUUGAAGAAACCUUCUGAUCCUUCGUAAAACCAGCUCUGCGAGCUUGGCGGUCGCCAAUGGUGCGUGCAGCAGCAAACAUCACUCCCAUGAUUCAUGAUUAGUAUCGCUCGCUGGCAGCUCGCAUAUCGGCAUCACGCUGAAAGCACAGAAGGCUGGCGGCGAAGGAUCGGUGCACGGCAGGAUCUGGCGCGGGAGUCUACUCUACAAAGGAAUGCAAUGCCAUCCCCAAGUUUAUU